AAUUAUGUAAGAAUUUCAAGGAUUAUAAUAAGAAUAAUAAGAAGAUUAAGAAGAAAUAAGUUUCUCUUUUCUUCAAAUAAAAUUAUCAAAUUCCAUAUUAAAUCAAAUCUAAGCAAUAAUAAUAGCUCAAUAUGGUCCUGCAUCUAUAUUUAUUGAUUAGCAUCUUUAAAAAUCUUAGGAAGUUGGAGAAGUUAUUCAAACAACAUCAAAUCCUCUAAAAUUAGCAAGCAUCAAAUAAAUUGAUUAAUUGUUGGUGAUAUCGUUUCAUAAAGACAUACGAUAUUACUAUUUUUAAGAAUACAAUUUACUUAAAGAAUUGUAAAAUCAUGGAUUUAAGGAAUAGCACAUUUACAUAUUAAUGAAUAUACCAUCUUCUAGUUUAGAGAGAUAUUAAGAGGAAAAUUCUUAAUUACGAUAAUUGAAUCACAACAUUGAGAGCACAGUUAAAUAAUUAGAAGAUCCAGAAGAGUUGGAAGGAUAUUUUGGAGAUUUGUUCUAUUCUGUUAAACAUAUAAAAUCAAUUGCUUAUAUUUUAGUGUAAACUAAUUAUGAUUUGACAUUUGAAUUAAUUUAAAAAUUUGAUGAAAUUAGAAAACAUUUUCCCUAGAUUCCAAAUAGUGGAAAUAAAGAAUUUGUAAAAGAAGAAUUGAAAAAGUAUGCCAAGAGUUAAAAUAGAGAUAAUGUUCACAUUUGA